UCUCUGCUCACCAUCGCCCUGCUCUCUCUUGGAGCCUGUGCUGCUCCUCCAGCACCCGCAGCAGGUUCUGCCGCUCCUCCUGCACCUCCAGCUCCACCCGCAGGCAACAAGGCUGCCACUAACGGCGUUGGAAGCACUCCCGCACAAAGACAUGUCAUCUCGGUCAGCCAAGCUGAGGAAAUCAUUGCCGCUGCUGUGAAAGAAGCCAACACUGUCAUUCCUGAGAAUAUUGCCAUUGUCGACCCCAGUGGCAUGCUGGUCGCUUUCCACCGCAUGGACAACGCUUUCCCUGGCAGCAUUGACAUCAGCAUCAAGAAGGCUCGCACCACUGUUCUGUUCAACGGUGCUUACUCGACCGCCGAUCUGACUGCCGCCGCUCAAGGCCCUCUUUACGGUGUUGAGGAGACCAACGGUGGUCUUGUUGUCUUCGGUGGCGGUCUUCCUCUUUACAAGAACGACUACCUCAUCGGCGGUAUUGGUGUCAGCGGAGGCUCCGUUGACCAGGACGUUCAGGUCGUCAAGGCUGCUGUCGCCUGGUUCAGCAACACCACCCUGGCCGCCUACUAA